ACACAGCCAAGCCCCGACCAGGAAGGGUCUCAGAACUGGACGCACGCACCACUGUCUCCAAGACCGGCUUUGGGGGCUGAAGAUGGUGCUGACCGGGUGCAGCUGGCUCCUCCUCAGUGCCGCCUUCCUGGGCACCAGGGCCGAGAUCUCUAUCACCCCUGAGCCUGCCCAGCCAGCCGAGGGGGACAAUGUCACCCUGGUCGUCCACGGGCUGUCGGGGGAGCUGCUUGCCUACAACUGGUAUGCAGGGCCCACACUCAGCCUGGCCUACCUGGUGGCCAGCUACAUCGUGAGCACGGGUGAUGAGACUCCUGGCCCGGCGCACACUGGGAGGGAGGCCGUGCGUCCAGACGGCAGCCUGGACAUCCAGGGUGCCCUGCCCAGGCACUCGGGCACCUACAUCCUGCAGACUCUCAACAGGCAGUUUCAGACGGAGGUGGGCUACGGACACUUACAGGUCUAUGAGAUCCUGGCCCCACCUGUGGUCAUGGCCAACAGCACAGAGCUUGUGGAGCGGCGAGACACCCUGCGCCUGGUAUGCAGCAGCCCCAGCCCUGCUGAGGUCCGCUGGCUCUUCAAUGGUGAUGCCCUGCCCAUCGCAGUCCGCCUCGGCCUGUCCCCAGACAGCCGGGUGCUGACCAGGCACGGAAUUCGAAGGGAAGAAGCAGGAGCCUACCAGUGUGAGGUCUGGAACCCAGUCAGCGUCAGCCGCAGCGAGCCCCUCAACCUGACCGUGUACUUUGGCCCGGAACGCGUGGCCAUUCUCCAAGACUCAACCACCCGCACAGGCUGCACCAUCAAACUGGACUUCAACACGUCCCUCACACUGUGGUGUGUGUCCCGGUCCUGCCCAGAGCCGGAGUACGUGUGGGCCUUCAACGGGCGGGCACUAAAGAAUGGCCUGGACCACCUCAACAUCAGCAGCAUGACGGCUGCUCAGGAGGGCACGUACACAUGUAUUGCUAAGAACCCCAAGACCCUGCUUUCUGGAUCUGCCUCAGUGGUGGUCAAGCUCUCUGCGGCAGUGGUUGCCAUGACAAUCGUGCCGGUGCCAACCAAGCCGAUGGAGGGCCAGGACGUGACACUAACGGUGCAGGGCUACCCCAAGGACCUGCUGGUCUACGCAUGGUACCGCGGGCCUGCCUCCGAGCCCAACCGGCUGCUCAGCCAACUGCCAUCCGGAAACUGGAUUGCAGGCCCCGCCCACACGGGCCGGGAGGUGGGCUUCGCCAACUGCUCGCUGCUGGUGCAGAAGCUGAACCUCACAGAUGCUGGCCGCUAUACUCUCAAGACCGUCACGCUGCAGGGCAAGACGGAGUCCCUGGAGGUGGAGCUGCAGGUGGCCCCCCUGGAGUAGCAGCGUGGCCCUGGCAUCGUCCCUGGGAGAAGAGUUCUCUAGCCAUCCUCCUGUCUCCGCCCCUGAGCGGAGGACCCUCACUUCCAAGGAGGCCGCUGGACCAGACCGAGGUCCCACUGUUUUGCUUCCUGCCACCCUAGAGUUAGAGCCCUACUCGGGGACCCUACUCCUCCACUGAGCUGUGGGUGAGCCACAGAGGCCAUAAAUGUCCCGGUUAACACAUGC